UAGUGAUUGGACUGUCCUGUAACUGAGGGAGCUAACAAGUCCGACAUUCUUCACUUCAAUGGAGGAACAGCCCAAAGAUCGGGCACAAGACAGGCAGUACCACCACCACGGAGACGACAGAAACACUAUCCAACAUACAACUUGUGUGAAAAAUGCUCAGAGCCAGCUCCAGUGCCAGCAUCAGGAAGCGCAGACGAAGAAAACAGGCAAUAAAAAAGUGAACGCCGGCGACGGGGAGGGAGAGAGGAAUCUGCAUCUGUCUGAUACUGUUGGCAUGUCGUAUCCCCCCAACAGCAAUGGUAGCAGACACACAAGUAAUACAAAUGUGAAGCCCAAAUCGACACAAAAGGUGUACACGACUGUUCCAAAAGCGAGCAGCAAAGGAUUGGAGCAUAAGAAGAAUAUGGACCUUAAAAAUGACAAGGAAAAAGCUGUGGAUUUGAAUCCUCACGAGGCCCAACCUUUGGAUAAAAAAGACUCCAUGUUGCUUCAGAACGGCGUUUUAAACUGUGGUUUAAUUACAAAUGGCUAUUCCAGCAAGGACAAUGAUGGCAGCGGCUCCGAAGGUGGGUAUACCACCCCGAAGAAACGCAAGACCAGAUGCAACAACGCCAAGAACACUGAUAAUGUGAUCAGAGAAAAGGAGAAGGACCUGCAGCAGGGCAACACUACACAGGAGCAGGGGACUUUUAUUAUGGAAGCUGGCGAGAAGGGAGUGUCCUCUAGACUCGAUGGCUUUCGAGCCGCCAGUAAAGCAGAAGCUCCGUCGGCAGCCAGGCGCGCUGUUGCGUCGGAAACUUCAGCCGGCGAAUCUCAGAGGAAAAACUCUGACGGCAAAACAGUAGGCACCUUCGGUAAGAAAAGUGAGGAGAGGCACAAAGGCAAGCUUUCUUCACCUUCGAAAGAGGACUCGUGGACUUUGUUCAAGCCCCCUCCAGUAUUUCCUGUGGACAAUAGCAGCGCUAAAAUUGUUCCCAAGAUCAGUUAUGCAAGUAAAGUAAAAGAAAACCUCAACAAAGUAGCUCAAGGUGGAGGAGAGGCGCUGCCUCCUCCUGUCAGACUGUCGCAGGUCCCAAUGUCUGCUAUGAAAACUAUCACCUCAGCUAGCUUUACUAAUGGUCCUGUUUCUGGAAAUGGAAACGGCUGCCCGUCAGUGGGUACCUUCUUCGCUCCUGCUGCUAGUAGUAUUCCACCAGCCCCGUCUAUCCCAAGUGGCGAGAAUGUAGCAUCUCCUCUGGAAAGUAACUGUAGCUCUUCGACCAGUCCCGUCGACGGGGAAGCGUACGAGCUCAGAAAGUGUACUCUUUUAAUUUACCCUUUAAAUAUGCAACCUGUGCUCCCGAGCGCUCGUCACCUUGACCCACCGGCCGCUCAGACAAAUCAGAAAGCCCUGGGAGACAUCUUCCAAAAUCAGUGGGGGCUUUCCUUCAUCAACGAGCCCAACUUGGGGCCGGACGGCGGCAGCGGGCCGGCGCCGGCGGAGGACACGGCCACUGCGCCCGCUUCUCAAAGCGAGCCCGCCCAGCCCUGCUUUGACGUUAGCCCUUCCUUCUUAGAGCCAGGUAUUCUGGCUCAAGACCCCGAGAAAAGGACUUGUGCCCCUUGCGGUGUGUCUAACGCCUGUUCUCCAGCCUGCCCGAGCGAGGAGGAGAACAAGCCGCAGCCAUGCGGCCAGGAGAAAACCAAACCCGAGGCCAAGGUCGCGGGUUCUACUGUGUCGGCCCUCAGUAAAGACAACGGUGCUAAACCUGCGCAGGGCCAGAUAACCACUCUGUUGUUUGGCUCGCCUAAAGAGCAGGCUCACUAUAAAGACAUUGGCAGGAGGUGUAGCUGGGGGCCCAUCGACAUUAAAGCUGCUGUCACUUAUCACACUAAAGAAAUGGAAUCCAUUUUCAACUUGCAAAAACAAGAUCCAAAAAGAGUAGUGGUUUAUGAUGAGACCAAGGACGGACCGGAUCAGUGAGGUAGACCUUCUCCAGUACUUCUCCUUCUCCUCCUCUGGGUGCUGCAGUUAUCUACCUUGGAAAUCACAAAUCCUGUUGGAUAGAUAAAAGUGACAACUGUGAAAACAUUAAUAGUUUAGCAUGACAGAUUUUCCUUGGAAUCUCGGGUGGAAUAACAAAAGACUUCAUGGGGGCGUCAAACAAACACAACACACACACACACACACACACACAUCGUACACUCAUCUUCAUCUACGUGCUCUGGACGGACGUUAAAGGAGUCGAUCGGUGCCUCUUCACCAUGAUGAAUGGACUCUUGCACCUUUGGGCUGUGGCGGCGGUGUGUGUGUGUGUGUCACGGCUCUUUUAAAGGAGAACGUUCAACAGAGGAAGGCGUCCCGGACGGCGCCUUCCUUAAAAAAAAAAAAAAGAAAAAGAAAAGCCUUUCUCCUGCUCAAACUGUGGCAGCCGUCGGUCGGACUGUGGAACGCCUCGGUCGUUUUUGUUCUCCGCGCAUUCAACUGAGUUCAUUGUAGAUAUGUUAGACGUUAUACAUACACAUCCGCGUGCAAAAGCUUGAAUUCACAGUGACUGAAAGGAGAAGACGCUUCGCAGAAGAAUGCCUUGAAGUGGUGGAACAAAGGUCUUUGGAGUCCCGUUAAAAAAAAGUUUACGGGACUUUCGUAGGUGAGGCCCCGUCCUGAAGGGAGAACCUCGUGUCCAAUCCUGAGCGAGAGAGAGAAAAAAAAUCAGAGCUCAGAAAUUUAAAAAAAAUGCUCUUCUUUUUUUUUUUUUUCUUCUUCUUUUCUUUUCAUGCCGUUUCCUCCAACCCCAGAAGAUGUAUAUGCCCCAGAGCACAGAUUCAAAAGUGCCCCCCCCCCCCCCCUCUCAUUUCAAUGUUUGGUCAGUGUGCUAAAGAUUUUUUUAAGUCAGGUUCAACUCGAAACCUUUUAAAUCUUGAAGGGUUGGUAACAUUUCAUGCAUCAUCAGUGACUUGGUGGACUUUGAGUGGGUGGAAGACGCAGGAAGACGGACUGUAGAAGAAGAGACGCUGCUUCGGACGAGACCUUCUGAGUUUGGUUUCCGUGUUCAGCAGCAGGACUCAGGAUGCCUGGUCACAUUAUUUUGCCUGCUUUUCUGUUCGAUUCCUCUCGUCAAAGGAACGUGUUGCAUUUUUUUGGAUUUCUUUUUGCGUGCGCGUGUGUGUCAUUAUCCGGUCUUUACUUUUCUACCUUACAUGAUUGCAUUUCCUGCAUGUUUACUGGUGGGAAGGAUCGAGUCAGUGCUCGCUGUUCAUCGCUACUCAAAGAUAACAGCAAGACGACAGUUGCAAUACGAUAAUAGGUUCCCCCCCUUCCUCCUCCUCCUCCUCCCAAACUAGCCACUUUGUCAAACUGCAUUGAAAUGUGAAGAUGAGUUGUGCUGUUAUGUUUUACUGUGGAUAACAUUUUUCAAACCAGUGUGCAAUAACAGUGGGAAAAAAAAAAAAGUAUAUGGAGCUACAAAACCCCCUCCGUGAUGCUGGCGUGACCUGCAGUUCAGUAUGUUCAAAACGUUUUCAAGGUGCGUGUUCAGUUUGUUGCACAAAAAUUCUUUAUUUUUUUCUCUCGUUGGUGAAAAUAGCUCAUGUUGAAAACGAUCUAAUUAAGUCUAGGGAGCCCAAAUGUGCUAAACUGCUAACUUAGCCGGCUGCGACGUCACUUCUCUCACCAUCUUCCAAACCAGGAUCGGUUUAUUCUACUCAACUAAAGAGCUGUCCGGGUUUCUUUUCUCUACAACAUAUGAUUUGGUUAAUGUGUGGAUUAAUAGCACUUUAUGUAAACUAAUUGCUUUUAUCUUAUAAUUACUAGAGAGAGAAAAAAAGAGAGAGAGAUCUAUAUGUACUGACAAGAAAUCCUCCUUGAAAGAAUGGCUCUGGGCUGUUACUUUUCAGAAAAAAAAAGAUAAUAAAUACAGAAUUAUUAAAUGUAACUCAGGUAGUGUUGAUAAAGCCAUGACUGUGUUCAAUAUUGUUUUUGCCAAAUGGCCCCUGUCAUGUGACGUUCUCAUUGGAAAUGUUGAAUUAAGUCCUUCUGUACGGAGUCUCAUGAUAAUAUGACAACACACCAAAUAAGUCCUUUUGGGGAAAAUCUGUCGGUGUGUGAUGUGCUGUCAUGCAUCAGUCUGCGGCUCUAAAGUCAUAACUUUAGAUAUUUUUUGCUUUCAAACCCCCGUCUCUCUCCACCCCACCACUUUUUUUCCUUCUUUUAAUUUAAGCAAGCACAUUGCUCCUCGCGCUGUUAUGUGUGUGUGUGCACGGCUGCAGCUCCGCAGCCUUCGGUGGCUCAUUUUCUCCGUCAUGUGUCGGCUGUGAAGCACCUCUUGAUUUAUUAGCGCUGAACAUCAGCUGCGGUUCUGCAGGGGGAGCUAUAAUCUAGGUAUGAGCUUUUCAAGUACACUUCUUUCCACCGCUUCCCUGAUUACCUGAUUAGGCCGGGCUGCAGGGGAAAAAGCUGCAGCCUCAGCCGCGUUCUUUUUUUUAAAUUUAUCUUUUAUUUUUGGUACAAAUUGUCUUGACAUUUAGCGUCCGAUUGCGGCCAGCUCCCUGGUAUUUAAAACCCUUUUUGUUUUGGCUUCCAUUGUGCGGCGUGUGAUGGAUGAGCGCAUCGCAAGACGCUGCCCUCUGAAUGACAACAGUUCUAUCUGGUCAGCGAGGAAGCGCGUCUAACAUUUACUAAAGUAUUACACAUUGCCAUUUGUAUUUCUUUCUUUUUUUUUUUUAUUACCGACACUCAAUUUGGGGUAAAGUUGCACAAAAAUCGCACAUUAAUUCUCCUCCGAUUGCCCAUAAUUCACAGAAAGAGCAAGGUGAUGGUGUGGAUAAUGCCAAAUUGUUUGAGACUGAGAGGAUGCUCAUUGGACGGCGACGCUUCUAAAUGUAAAAACAGGGUGAUCAGGAUGAGUGGUGUGUGAUGUUACUGUAGUCUUACAAUUCUGUUUUUGUUUUCCUGAGCGGACGGGCCUGGUACAGGGGGAAUCUGUGACUGUCCUCCCUCCCACAGGCUCCUCUUGUUUCCUCCUAGCACUUAUACAAGGCUAUGCUGAAUAUGCAUUUAUUAAAGCGAGAACUAUUACUUUGAAGCCUGCAAAACCAAAAAAAAAAAAAACAGGUUCUCGGGGGCCGAGCAGACGUUUAAUCAGCGAUCGGGGUUGGGGAGGGAUAUGACUUGACUGUUGGUGUGUUAAAGCCUGAUCAAGUGGAGUUGAUUUAACUUUUUUUUUUUUUUUUUUCUAAAUCUUUAUUUCCACUCCCUCAGGAUGUGCAAUCACCUCAAGGAUGCUAACGCAGGCUUCCACCGUUGUUUUUGUUUUGUCGGGUGUGUGCAUAGCAAGUUCUUCCUAUAAUAUGCAAGUUUAUUUAAAAAAAAUGACAAAAAAAAAGGAAAGAAAAAGAAGAAAUCCUCCUCUAUCUCUAUCCCCCUGUUGUUUCAUGUUCAGGUGCCUGUGUGGAAGAAAAAAAAAAAACAGCUUUGAUUGUUUAAAAUCUGCUUCCAGCAUAUAUCUGUGCCAUUGUUUGUUUGUUUUUUUUGUUUUGUUUUUUUGGAACAUUUGCAAUGCUGUUUAAGUUUUCUCACAACAAAUCCUGUUUUUCUUCCUUUCUGAGGCGACAUGAACGCAGCUCGAACAUCGUUUCGUAGAUUUCUUUGUCUUUUUUCUGUGGCUCGUGUUCGCCGACCGCGCGGACGAAAAGCCAAACAAAGUGUUGAUCUGAGGGACGGAUGACGGAUAACCGCUCGCUGGCGUAUAUAUAUUCAUGCCGGCUUAUUGUGGAGUUUAAUGUCUGAAGUAGCACACGAUAAUUAAUUUGAACUGAUUUAACAAAUUAAUCUUUUAACAUGUUUUAAAAGCGUCGUUUUUAUUUUAUUUUUUAUUUUUUUUUGGAGUUAUAACCUAAUUUAUCCAUAGGUGCACAAGUAGGAUGAAACUAAAAGGAAUAAAUCAAGAUGUCUCAUUUUGUUUUGAUGAGCUUUAGAUGUUUUAGUUAUUGAUUUAAGGCUGAUGUAAACCUCCCCCUCCCCAAUAGCCCCAAUGUUAAUAUAUUUGAAGUUAUUCUUUCGUGGCAGAUUUUAUAAGGAUUACUUUUAACGCGCUUUUUUUUUUUUUUUUUUUUUUUUUCUCUCAGAUAGUUGUGAUGGAGAAUUGAAAUCCACUGCAUCUAGAGUUCCUUUUUAAUAUAUUUUUAUCUGUUUCUUGAUCAUGCUGUGAGGGCGGGGUGAGGUGUUCGCACGCAUUUCAGCGGCUCUGAAUCUGCUUUCGCCAAAGGUACACUACUCAGAUAUUCAGCGACCGAAGGGCAACACGCACAGAACGGGAGGGUCUUCAGAGCCGGAGAGAGUCACUACUGUAGCAGCUGAAUGUCACUUUGAGCGUGUGGUGACGAGAGGAGAAAUCUUAUUUAAAAUUAAAGAAAAAAAAAUACAAAAAAAAAAAAAUACAAAAAUACCGAAAGUGCUGCUUCUUCAUCCAGUAAUCAGUCAUCUGUAACGGGAAAUGCUGGACUUGGUGUUUGGA